AUGGAGCCUGAUGUUGUCACUUAUAAUUCGCUGAUGGAUGGAUAUUGUCAGUGUGGCCAAUUGGAUAAAGCUGGAAAUGUAAUUGAUUUUAUGGUACACAAUGGAAUAGUUGAUCCUAUUAGCUACAACAUUUUGAUUAGUGGAUAUUGGGGUAUUGAUGAGGCACUCACUCUAUUUGAAGCUUUGGAAAAGUGUCUGUUGGAGCCUGAUCAUGUGUGCUAUACCAUGUUGAUUGAUGGACUUUGCAAAAAGGGAUUGCUGGAUGAAGCAUACAAAGUGUUUAGAGGAAUGAAAGAUGGUGGAUGUUUACCGAAUGAUUGCUGCUAUUUUGUGAUUAUUCAAGGGUUUCUCAAGCAUGGAGAUGUACCAAAAGCAUCACAACUUAUUGAAGAAAUGGUUGGUAAGGGAUUUUCUGGCGUAUGGACAAUCUUAUAUCCCCAUUGGACUAAAGGUUCUAAGGUGUAG